UCAGCCUCGAAGGCAGUGGAUGGAGGACUGUCUGAAGAGUUUGCGGUCCCCUCUCAUGUGGAGGAGGUCAAGAAACUCAUGGCAGAGUUUGCCGAACAUCAUGGAUCGGCCGGGCGCAGAGUAGUCAUCACCUCAGGAGGAACCAAAGUUCCUCUGGAAUCCCGAACAGUACGGUUCCUGGACAACUUCAGCAGUGGUCGGCGAGGGGCCUCCUCUGCCAAGUAUUUUCUGGACUCAGGCUAUGCAGUGAUCUUUCUGCACAGGCAUCGUUCUCUCUACCCAUACACUCGUCUGUACACAGGGGUCAAUUUACUGGAUAGCUUACAACUAGUGACUGGUAAGGAGGACGCUGGUCAGAUCCUGGUGGAUCAGAAUGCACUUCCAAACAUUGCAAAGGUUCUAAAGCGCUAUCAGGCGGUGAAAGCCGCAGGAUUACUGCUGCCGGUGGAAUUCAACACCUUGUCAGAGUACCUCCAUCUACUCAAGGCAGCAGCUCAAGCAUUAAGCUCCAUAGGGUCCAAGGCCAUGUUUUAUUUGGCUGCUGCUGUUUCUGAUUUCUACAUCCCAGCAUAUGAAAUGCCAGAACACAAAAUUCAGUCUUCUAAUGGGCCACUUCAGAUAAGUAUGAAGAUGGUUCCCAAGAUGCUGUCCCCAUUGGUGAAGGACUGGGCACCUAAGGCAUUUGUCAUCUCUUUCAAGUUGGAAACGGACCCCUCCAUCCUUUUGGAGCGAGCAUGGCGUGCCUUAGAAACAUACAACCACCAGACAGUGGUUGCGAAUGUUCUCGACACACGCCGUGGUUAUGUGGUUGUUGUCACCAAGGACACGCAACAAGAGCUGGUCCUCACAGAUGAGGAAGUGCAGAAAGAGGUAGAGAUUGAGGACAGGAUCGUCAGUAAUCUGACUGAAGCACACAGUGAAUUUAUGUCUCGACAAGUAUGAAAAAACUUGCUGCGAUUUUGUAGCAUGUCUACUGUAGGCUCAAGUCAGAUCUGGGAUUAGUUUUUGUUGUAUUGUAAUAACUAUGGUUCAAAUCUGAAUAGAGAAACAGAUCCUGGAAAACUGACUUGUCGUUCAAAAAAUUACAUCUGUAAGUUCAGAAAAAAACUACUAAGUUCCUUAAUAUUGAUUUCCUCUAUACAAUGAGAUCAGCAUACAUUUUAUUUUAUCUACUUUCUUUGGCCUUUAAUCAGUUUGAAAACAAGAAAAUAUAUGCUUCAGUAAUUAUUAUCCUAAUCUUGCCUUUGCUUAGUAUUUUUAAAACUUUGAGUCCAUCUGCAACAAAUCACACGCUUUAACAGCUGAUUUAAAGUAAAUUUUAAAUA